AUGGCGGCACCUUUGAAGAACGCUACCCGGAACGGCUCCGAACAGUCCGAAGGUAAACCCAAUGGAGUGCAGGAACCUGCUGCUGUCCCCGGUAGCAUCACUGGGUUCAAAAUAUUGUAUGCACAGAAGGACAAAGACGACAAGAUCCAAUGGGUUACCGAGGAACCAGCAGAUGCUGUUGAUCCCGCCGAGAAUUCAGAAACUGCUCAGUAUGCGUUUUUGCCACGCAAGAAGAAAAGCUACGACAGCCGGAAAAAGUACGACCUUGAUUCCAUCAUUGUCCAAAGUCCGUGGCUGAAGAAGUCGUUGGGCGUCAUCCUAAAAGACUAUCCGGGCGUAACCACCAACCUUGAUCGCCUGGUUUUCAAGGCGCCAUUCCAUCCUUUUGUGCAUCGCUGGACUCGGCUCGAGGAUAUGCUUGCGGAGAAUGAAUUCGACGAGCCAAUCGCUAGAGAGCAUCUUCAACUAUUUCGUGACGUCCUCUGUGAAGGACUCCAGAGCGCAAUUGCCGCCAAAGUCGACCUUGUCAAAAACGGGGUCAUCACUUUUGAAUAUCUGUGGACGAUUUUCGAGCCGGGUGCGCUCAUCUACAGUGUGGUGGAAGGGAAAGAAUGCUUGUUCGAGCACUGUUCCUGUGGGCACACGGUGGACCAAAAACGAGGAUUGCAAAUGCUCACCCUGAAUGCAUGGGCCACUGAUUGGGACGGAAGAAAGUUUGGGCGCAAUCACGGCUUCGGGUUGAGAAUCUACGAGUUUGAGGGCACCAUGCCAAUCACCUCCUUGGAUGUAUUCCCUUUGGAGUUCCACCCUGACAAGGACAACAUCCUCCAACGUUUGUUGGCCAGAGGCAGACUGUUUGAACGCUUUGCCGGUUAUCACUACAGAGCAUACCGUGGUGUGGCUCUUGGAUACGGUCGAUGUGGAAUGAUCCGCCAUAAUAUCGAAUCGCGAAUCAUCAUUGAUUGUGACGCUCACAAUCGAUUCUUGCCCGGCAGGGCUGUGAUCUUCAGCGCACUGGCGAAGCCAAAGACGGCUUUACCAGCAGACGUUGACAUGGGUGGCUCUACUGACUCCGAGUCUAGCGACGUAAAAGAUGACUUUUUUUACUACACCGGCGACAUUGACCUUGACGUGGACGAAUUUGCCAGCAAAGGUCCUGAACACCGCGGGUUGACAAGUGGAGAACUUGCCGUUGCAGUUCCCUAUGUCCGGGGUUACGCCCUCAAGACGAAAAAAUGGCUUUGGUUCUACGUUGACCAGAUCGAAUCCAUCAAAUUCUCUACCGACGCAUUCACCUCCUUAGUGCUACCGCCUGAGCAGAAAACGCUGAUCCGGGCCUUUGUCGAGUGCCAGAUCAAGCACAAGGACGAUUUCGACGACGUGAUAGCUGGCAAAGGCCGUGGCAUGAUCAUGCUGCUUGCCGGACCGCCCGGGGUCGGGAAGACUCUGACAAGUGAAAGCGUUGCCGAGGACAUGCGAGUACCACUGUACGUCCUGAGCGCCGGCGACCUAGGUUUGGUCCCAAGCGAGAUCGAAGAAACACUCAAUCUGGUGCUGGACAUGGUUAGCAAAUGGAACGCCGUGCUCUUGCUGGACGAGGCCGACGUUUUCCUGGAACAGAGGAGCACCCAUGACCUUGAGCGUAACAAAAUGGUCUCCAUCUUUCUGCGAGUCCUGGAAUACUAUGAAGGCGUCCUCUUUCUCACGACCAAUCGAGUCAAAGAUAUUGAUAAAGCCUUUCGGUCGAGAAUCCACAUCACAAUCAAUUAUCCCAACCUGUCAGCCGAGUCUCGACGCCAGAUUUGGCAGAAAUUCUUGGGACCUGACAGUGCACUGACCGGUCAAGACCUGGAUCGACUGGCCCAAGUGGACUUGAACGGACGCCAAAUCAAGAAUAUGGUGAAAGCCGCUCAGAUGCUCGCGCGAAGCCAUGAAAGUACGAAAGAUGGACCUCGCGGAGAGGUUCAGAUGUCCCACAUUGAGACGAUCCUGGCAAUCGAGCGAGGGGUGUCGUGGGAGUGA